AAUCGGAAGCAACGAGCGACAGAUGGGGUCAUUGAGUUUUGGAUUGCGAGGGAAUUGGAAUUGGGGAGUGAGAGUGGUUGUGUUGUGGAAGAAGGAAUGAAAGAAAGAGAUGAAAUAAGUGCGUGCGAUUACAAACACACCUUCAAGGGGAUAUCGAGUUUAGCUCGGGCCACACAAAUACC